UUCGAUUCCAGAAACAUGGCCUCUGGUGUGGUUGUCUCCGAUGGUAUCAUCAAGGUGUUCAAUGACAUGAAAGUGUGCAAGUUUUCAACGCCAGAAGAAGAGAAGAAACGUAAGGAGGCAGUGCUCUUCUGCCUGAGUGAGGACAAGAAGAACAUCCUCCUGGAGGAGGGCAAGGAGAUCCUGGUAGGAGAUGUGGGGCAGACUGUGGACGACCCCUACACCACUUUUGUCAAGAUGCUGCCAGACAAGGACUGCGAGACCAAGGACUGGUCAACCUACGAGACCAAGGAGAGCAAGAAGGAGGAUCUGGUGUUCAUCUUCUGGGCCCCUGAGAGUGCACCCCUUAAGAGCAAAAUGAUCUAUGCCAGCUCCAAGGAUGCCAUCCAGAAGAAGCUGACAGGAAUCAAGCAUGAAUUGCAAGCCAACAGCUACGAGGAGGUCAAGGACCGCUGCACCCUGGCAGGAAAACUAGGUGGCAGCGCUGUGAUCUCUCUGGAGGGCAAGCUUUUGUGAGCCUCCAGCCCCCUGCCUGGAGCAUCUAGCAGCCCCAGACUGCUCAUGGGUGUUGCAGGCUGCCCCUUUCCUGCCAGACCGGAGGGGCUGGGGGGAUCCCAGCAGGGGGAGGGUAAUCCCUUCAUCCCAGUUGCCAAAUGCCCCCCCUCAACGUCUUCCUCCCUCCACCCUGACGGUUCUGGCCUUCCCAAACUGCUUUUAUCUUCUGAUUCCUCUUGGGUUGAAGUAGACCAAGUCCCUUCCCAGGUACCCAGUUUGGGGGGAGCCUGCUUUUUUUUUUUAACAACACCCCUACUCCUCAUCCCCCCCAUCCCAUGCUGCCAACUUCUAACCACAAUAGUGACUCUGUGCUUGUCUGUUUAGUUCUGUGUGUAAAUGAAAUGUGGAAAUGAA